AUGGAGAGUAUAGAUUCUCAUUUUAUUGCAACAACAUCAAAUAUGACAUCGAUUGAAGCACGUGAUCGAUUACAUGCAAUAAUGACAAAUGAUAUGGCUGAAACUAUUGAACAAAUUGGUCAAACAUUAGAAGCAUGUAAUAUGAAAAAAGCUCGAUUACUAGAACAACUUGAUCAAGUUUCGAAAGCCGUUGAAGCAGUUCGAAAUGAAUGUGGAUGUAUUGAUACAACUAUUGCGAGUAAAGUUCUUCAUUUAAAUAAAUUAGUUACGCAAACUGUUCAACAAAUGGCUCUUGUCAAUAUUCCAGAUCCACCACCACUAGUUGAACCAUUACCACCACCAACAGUUGAAAUUGAUCUAUCUGCUGUUCAUGAUCGAUUGAAUGGUCUUGAUCAUAUGGUUACUAAUUUAACUAAACUUUUUCUUGAAAAAGAAGAAACUGUUUUGUAUGUUAUUAAUAAACGUCCAGGUAGUGGAGAAAUUACAGCAAGUGUUCAUUCACCUAUACGAUCAGGAGAUAUAAGACAUGAACGAGACGAACAAAUUCAUGAUCAAAUGACAAAACUUCAAACAAUUGUACGAAGUAUUCAAAAUGAAGAUCAAAAUCAUUCAAAAAAAAUGCAUCUUCAUCAUCGUCGAUCAAGACAAUUACCUCAUAUACUUCCACCACUUGACGAUGAAGAAGUUAGUAGUCAUACUAAUGAACAACAAAAUAAUAAUCAAAAUAAUAAUAAUAUUAUUUACGACGAUGAUGAUGAUGAAACAUCACGUGGUUCAGAUCAAACAACAGUAGGACCAUGUACAUUAUGUUUACAAGAACGAACAGAAGAACUUACAACUAAAAGAUCUAAUGAUCGUCGUUCAAUUGCUAGUAGUAAUUAUACAGAUCGAUCUGUUAGUUUACCUUCUACAUCACGUGAGGGUGGUGUAGUUAAUAAUCGUGGAUUAGGUGAAGCAUUAGCUUCGAAUGGUAAAGAAAUUAUCUAUUAUGAUUAUGAACGAGAAAUGAUUUGUAUGGCAGGUACCGAAGGAUAUUCAAUAAAAUUUCAUCAUGGUCUAGUUGUUGAUUUAUAUUGGUGGCCAUUAAAUAAUCAAUGGUUAAUACUAAGUGAACAAGGUUUAUAUCGAUGGAAAACAGGUGAAAAUGAAUAUUAUGAUGCAUAUGAAUUUUCCAAUGGUGAAAUCGGUUUUCGACGUAUUGCUGUAACAAGUACGAGUAUAUUUUGUUUAUUUCGAUAUAGUCUUAUGUUACUUGAAUUAUCAAAUGCAAUGCAAAUGAAACGUCUUCAUGCACUGGCACCACCUGACGCACGUUAUCGAAAAUUAGCUGAUAUAUCCGUUAGAAAAAUGAUACGACCUGAUGAUAGUGAAGAAGAUGUAUUAGGUUUAAUUUGGUUUGGUAGUGGAUCAGGUAUACUUCUUGAAGAACGACAUGUCACACUUCAAGCAAAUAAUAUGCAUGAACGUUUAUUUCGUCAUGUACCGAUUCAACAAGGUCGUUAUGCACGUUUAGCUUCAUACGAAGAUGGUCGAGCUUGGUUAAUAAGUAAUACUGGUGCAGAUGUUUUCUGGAUUGUUGACAAUACUAAUGUAUCUAUUGGUCAAUGGGAAGCAUCAGCUACAUGGGUUAAAGUUAACAGUGGUAUACCAAUUAAUGCUGUUGGUUUUACAGAUUCAACUGUUUGCAUUCGUCUUCAAGAUGGAAAAUUAGAAUUUCUUGAAUCUGAACAUUGA